CCUGUUUUUGACCCGCCCCCAAUAACCACUUCUCAGUCAGUCAGGCCUCUCCUUCGACGCUCCAUUUCCCGCCAUUAUUGGGAGUUUACAAGCAGCACAAUUCAGAGAGGGAAGACAAAGAGAGAAUAAAGAUGGAAAAGAAUCCCGGUGAAGAAGCCCUAGCUCUACUCAGAACCAGAAUCUGCGACCCCAACGCCUUUUUUUCUCUCCUCCCCCCUUCUCCAGAUACCAAUUUUAGUAAAUUGAAAUUUAUAGUAUCUAGCUCAAUCACUGAGGCGUGCAAUAAUUCCGUCUUGCUUCUUGGUCCCCGUGGUUGUGGCAAAACCGCGGUUUUGGAGCUUGUUCUUAAAGAUCUAUUGGCUGAAUAUCCAGAUAUGAUAACAGUGAUUAAAUUGAAUGGGCUUUUGCAUAGUGAUGAUAAUUGCGCCCUUAAGGAAAUCGCCAGGCAAUUAUGCGUGGAACAUCAGUUGUUGUUCUCAAAAAUGGCUUCUUUUGACGACAACACUCAAUUUGUCAUUAGUAUGUUACGAGAGUGUGGGUUGGCACAUAAGACAAUUGUUAUUGUGCUGGACGAAUUUGAUUUAUUUGCUCAGGGUAAGCAACGGUUACUUUAUAGCUUGUUAGACGCAAUGCAAUCUGUGACAUCGCAAGCUAUUAUAAUCGGCAUUAGUUGUAGAUUGGAUGCUGACCAGCUUUUAGAGAAAAGAGUUAGAUCCCGUUUGUCACAUAGAAAACUUUUGUUUUGUCCUCCCUCAAAAGAUGAAUUAGAAAGGUUGUUGGAGUGUUUAUUAUCCUUGCCGGUAAAUUCGAGCCUUCCACAGAGUUACGUUGUUGAAUUUAACAAAGAGCUUCGAAAGAUAUUGGCAGACCAAAAAUUCAAAGACAGUAUAAACACAUUGUUGAGUUCAGAUUCAACAGUUGACCAGAUUUUGAGAUUUUUGUUUUUAUCCGUUUCCACGAUGGACUUGAAGACGGGCAUCCUAUCAGUUGAGAACUUCAAAAGUGUUGUUGAGAAGAUAAAUAGAAAGCCAAAGCUGGAAUAUCUAAAAGAUUGCUCCGUCUUAGAACUUUAUAUACUGGUCUGCAUGAAAAGGCUGGAAGUGAAAGAGCAGAAUUCAUAUAACUUCAACUCUGUCAUGAAAGAAUACAAAGCUAUACAUGAUUCAUUCCAGACACCUGAUUCUUAUGCAAGGAAUGUCUGCUUAAGGGCUUUUGAGCAUCUUAUUCAGCGUGAGUUGAUCUGCUUUAUGGACAAUAGGGGAUACAACCAAUCCAUUGAGUUCCGUUCAGUGAAGCUACUAAUCUCACCAUAUGAGCUCCAUCAGGGAUUGGAGAAAAAUCAAAAUUGCCCAAGCAUGCUUCAGAAAUUGAUGAAUCAGACUGGUCAAAGAAGUUGAAGGACAAAUUAAUAAUAUUCCGAAAUUGAGAAGCAGCUUCAGACAAAAUGCUGCAAACUGCUUGGUGCAAGGACGACUUAACAAUAUUUCUACCUCAUUAGAAAUUUUAUUUAAUUCUUCUUGUGUUUAUCUGGGCUAUGAUCCUGUAUUUCAAUUUUCAUCUGCAAGUAAUUGUGUACUGUAAAAAACUUCUGUGUCAAAUUUUCUCGCUCUAUGGCAUAUGUAUUUCAAUGUUGAA